AUGACAUCCUCCUCCCUUCCACCAUCACCUAUCCCGCUUUUAACGUCUGUCGCGUCGUACAGACAAUGGCGGCAGAGAGCCUUCGAUGAAAGGAAAUCUGUGGGCUUCGUGCCAACCAUGGGAGCUCUUCACGACGGACAUCUGUCUCUUGUUCAAAAGUCACUGGCCGAAAACGAGCUCACGGUUCUUUCCAUCUUUGUGAACCCAGCCCAGUUUGCACCGCAUGAAGACCUUGCCACGUACCCUCGUACCUUACCCGGAGACCUGGAACUUCUUACCGCACAGCAGGUUACUGUAGGCGAGGCCGUCAGGAAAGCUUCUGCCGUGUUUCUUCCCUCGGUCCAAGAUAUGUAUCCAUCUGGCAUAAGCCAAGACGUUUCAGCACAAAGGGGAGCGUUUAUCGAGAUGAAGGGAUACGGGCAUCAAAUGGAAGGCGCAAGCAGGCCAAAUUUUUUCCGAGGCGUGGCGACAGUUGUAACCAAGCUAUUUAAUGCAGUCCAGCCCACGAAUGCGUAUUUCGGCCAGAAAGAUAUCCAACAAGCCUUGCUUCUCCGGAAACUUUGCAAGGACUUGCUGUUCCCGCACCCCGAAGCGGACCACGUCCAUAUAGUCCCGACGUCCCGUGACCCGAACGAUGGGCUAGCAUUAUCGUCCAGAAACGCGUAUCUCUCUGCAAAUGAGCGGAAAUUCGCACCUGCGCUUUACAAGGCCCUUCAAUACGCCGAGUCUGCGUGGUCAAAUGGCGAAUCCAAGGACCGAUGCAUUUCAAGAGCCCUUGCUAUCAUCAGCGAAGUCAAAGCACAGGCUGUUGUUGACGGAGUGGAUGUGCGGCUUGAUUAUAUAGAGAUGAAUGAUUCGGAGACAUUCGACGUUUUGGACGCAUCUUCAAACAACCAGUCAGUGGCAGGAGAUAUACCUAUGAUUCUGAGCGGUGCGCUGUGGGUUGGGAAGACUAGAUUGAUUGACAAUAUCGUAGUCGGUGACCUGAACCGUAUAAUAAUAUAG